AUAGGACAAGGUAACAAUAACAAGAGUGAGAAAAUGAUGACAUAAAAUAAUGACAUGUUCAGCUCUUUCCCUGUUUAAAAAAGGGCAGCUCAUUUGCACUUUCCAGGUUCUCCUCAUCGACUCGUCAACAAAUCUACAGGUGAUCUUUGAGAUUAAAAUGUGUUCUUGCGGUUUUCUUUCAACCAUUAGGUCUUCAAACAAUGAAUAUGCAGCUAUGCAAAUACAACACCUUCCGAAGGCAUGCCAGGAUGUUCAUUGAGCCAGCGAUUGUUUCUUACUGGCAAAAAUCACAGGAAGGCAUGCUACAGAAGCUCCAUGCAGAGGAGAAAGUGAUAGUUGGUGGUGAUAUGAGGGCUGACUCUCCAGGCCACUAUGCAAAGUUCGGAAGCUACACUAUGAUGGACCUGAAGAACAACAAAGUCGUUGACCUCCAGUUGGUUCAGAGCAAUGAGGUUGGUGGAAGCUACCACAUGGAGUUAGAGGGCCUGAAAAGGAGUCUGGAGUUGUUAAAGGAACGUGGUGUGACUCUGGACUGUAUUGUCACGGACAGACAUCUGCAAAUUCAGAAAUUCCUAAGGGAAAGCAGCAUCACCCAAUUCUUUGAUGUGUGGCACAUAGAAAAAGGGAUUUCUAAGCAACUGGAGAAGGCUGCAAAAAAGAAGGACUGCGAAAAACUUCGAGGGUGGGUGAAGAGUAUAAGAAACCACAUAUACUGGACUGCAGCAACCUCCACCACCGGGCCUGAGAGAGUGGCCAAAUGGUUCCCUAAGUGCCUUCAUCCACUGCGCAUUGCGCAAUACCAAUGGAUGGCUGCAGGAACGCCGGCCUUUCACAAGCUGGAGACAAUUCUCUCAACCAAGAGGAUUUUGAAAGCUGUGGCCAAACUCAGCCCACACCACCAGACUUGAUCUUUGGAGUCAUUCCAU